AUGUACAUGCGAUUUAUCCUGUGUGCAUUUCACCUGACGAUACUCGCUGUCAGCGCGUCACCUCUGAGCCUGGCUGGCCAAGCGCAAUGGCCGUUGUACGGGUCUCGAUCGGGCCAGUCCGCCUCCGAGGUCCGGCAGAGGCUGACCAGGCAGAGCGAAGACAUUUGCCGCGCUGGCUCAUCACAGUGGACAGGGACCGUACCACUUGGCGAAGACAGAGACAUGUUCUUUUGUGGGUCACUCGAAGACCAAUACCUGUGUUCGUGGCUGACAGGUAAAGGGUACUUCGAAAGCCGUGCAGACCCUGAAACCGCACCUUUGAUUAUCUGGUUGAAUGGUGGUCCAGGCGCAUCAUCACUUCUAGGCGCCUUUCACGAAAUCGGACCGUGUACCGUAACCAAGGACGGAAACGACACGGUGCGAAAUGACAGGAGUUGGACAAACUUCGCUAACAUGCUUUUCAUUGACCAACCCAUCGGUGUUGGUUUUUCUGAACCCUUUCCUCAGAAUACGUCGGUCUGGCCAUCGAAUUUGAUCGAAAGUGGAAUCGACUUCGACAAGUUCCUUGAUAUAUUCCUUGAUGAAUUAUUCCCUGCACUCAAGAAAGGACCGGUUCAUUUCGCAGGGGAAUCAUACGGAGGCCAAUACUUGCCAGUCUAUGCCAGUAUUACGCGCCGGAGGUUUACGUCUAUCAUCCUCGUUGAUGCACUGGUCAGUUUUGCAGCCAACACUCUGGGAACAUACGAGCACCUAUGCAUCAACAGAUGGGGUAAUACCACGGAGAACCGCCUCCCAAUUAAUGCCACUGCGUGUGCCAUAAUGGAGACUACCUACCCAAUCUGUGACAAGUUUGGAUCACUGUGCGAUGCGACGUAUGACCCUGAAGUUUGCUUCACGGCGGUCGAGAAAUGCGCGCCCAUUGGAGAUUUCCUUGCAGCUUUGGUUCAAUCCGGCGAGUUCGAUCCAUAUGAUGAUCGGCUGACGUGCGAAGACCCCCCGAUCUGCGGCCAUAUGGGUAUGGAAGAGGUAGAGCUGUAUCUGAACUCCAGCAAUGUAAAGUCAGCAUUAGGAUUCCCCAGCUCAUUCGACUACAAGGUUGUCAAUUUUGACUUCAAUGUUAAAUGGAUGGCUGGCGGACAGGCCUUCGUCCCGAAAACACGAGAGCUGAUAGACAUUCUGGAUAACAAGCACACUCCUAUCCUGGUGCUUAACGGACAAAAUGACAUUGCAGUAAAUACCGAGGGAGUAUUGCAUGUCUAUGACAACCUGCAAUGGAGUGGCCAGGCAAAAUUUCGUACAAAGGAGCUUGAGCCGUGGUAUUACAAAAGCCUUGAUGGAAAUGUCGUCACUGGUGGCCUGGUCAAGUCGGGUGGGAAUCUUACUGUUGUAGCCAUUGAUAAUGCUGGGCAUAUGAGCCCUCACGAUCAGCCUGUUGGAGUUGGCCAAGUCUUGCAGCGAUGGAUCGCUGGAGGGUAUCGUCCGAGGUAG